UUAGAGGAGGAAAACAGGAAGAAAAAUAUUCUGAACCAAUGGACUGCGGACAUAGUACAGGAGAUGACCAGAGACUGCGAACACAGUACAGGAGAUGACCAGAGACUGCGACAGUACAGGAGAUGGCCAGAGACUGCGAACACAGUACAGGAGAUGACCAGAGACUGCUCACAUAGUACAGGAGAUGACCAGAGACUGCGAACACAGUACACGAGAUGACCAGAGACCACGGACACAGUACAGGAGAUGACCAGAGACUGCGAGCACAGUACAGGAGAUGACCAGAGACUGCGGACAUACUACAGGAGAUGACCAGAGACUGCGGACACAGUACAGGAGAUGACCAGAGACUGCGACCACAGUACAGGAGAUGACCAGAG